UUCAAUAUAUUCCCAUAUCUCAUCUCUUCCUUUACAAGUAAACUCCAGACAAUUCUGCAGCAAAAGUAUCCAUUGUAUAUGCAUUUUUUCUCUCUUUUCCGCUCACAGACCAACACUUAUGGCUUCAUCAAGACACUACCAAAUUGGCAUACAGAAAAGAGUCGUCGUGAUGCUCAUCAUUGCUUUCAUAAUAUUUUCUUCCGAAUCAGCUGGGUCACAGUAUUCAAGAGGAAGUGAAGGUGAGAAGGAGAAGCAAAUGAAAAAGGUGUUGGGUUCAAGGCCUCCACAGUGUGUGAACAAGUGCUUGAAUUGUAAACCAUGUGUGGCUGCUUUAAUUGUUCCUCCCCACCCUAAAAGCCGAUUGAGAGCAUCAUCUGAAGAAGAUGAAAACUAUUAUCUACUCUCAUGGAAAUGCAGAUGUGGGAACAAGCUGUUUCAUCCUUGAGACCACCAAUUAGAUUACAUUGUCUUAUAUAUAUGCACUUUUUUAUGUACAGCUAACUAGCUAGGGUUUAGACUUUGGGGACUAUUUGCAUUUUCAUUAUCAUUUUGA